UGCUGAUUGCCAUGAUAUAUAUUGAGUCAUCCUCCAAUAAAUAAGCGACUCACUCAGCAGUGCUCCCGAAUGUACAUACGGAGCCAUUCUCAUUACCAGUGCUCACAUAUAGGAUCAUUUUUCUCGUUCUCUUUAGUUCUUUAGCAUGUUAUCGCUCCAUGAAUUGUGAGAUAACGAACCCAAACAUUUCCUGCUGUGACAAUUUCGGCCGUGUUCACGAUCUGCUGCAGCCUUCAUCUACAUUUACUCUAUCAGGACUCGCAUAAUAUGUCAGGAUCAGCCCAACGUCCAUCCGAAAUAUCUUCUUCCACCAGUUCGUCUUUUGAAGGACAGGCUUCCCUGAAAACGGCGAAUUCACGCCUCGUAUAUCCCUAUGCGCGUGAAUCAUUGGGCACGACAUCUUCUGUUCCUGGACGCGCUUUAAAACGCGAUGCUGGUGUCCCAUCUACUGGAAUGUUUACGGAGGGUUCACGAGAUACGACGAUUCGGACCAAAGCACCAACAAAUGACAACCUAGAUCAUGAAGAGGGCAGUCGAGCCGCAACAAUACGUCGGCACUCCGUAAAUAUGGGGAAGUCUAUCAGGAGGAGGUUCAAGUCUGUUACGGGCGUGUUGACACGGAGGUCUAUGUCUAUAUCCUACUCGGCGAAUCGGACGAGGGACACAGGCUUCCCAUUCGAAGCAUCCGAAUUGAAGAAGAAACCUCGCGGGAGUAUGAGCUUGGAUUCUAAGACAGUCAUGCGCCCUCUACAAAGUUCGCAGAAUGGUCUUCUUCGCACUACUUUAAACUCCCCUUCAAUCCACCCUCUUGAACUUCCAGAAUCUCUUUCCGAAACUGAAACCCAACACACUGAGAUUGCAUUCAUUUUCCCGGUCCAAUCCCCUUCACCGCACGCUGCAGCUAUUGACCAGUUCAUCCCGGAAGACCAGAUGCUCUCUCCAAUCAUUCCCUUCAGUGACUCCAUUUUAACAGAAUCCCUUAUCGAUUUUGUAGUCCCCCAGUUCUUGCAGCAAGGGACACCGCUCCUUAAGAUAUCCAAGAAGAGGCACAAACCUAUUCAAUUUGUGUUCAGACUUGACGCCGACCAAGGUCGAAUUAUUUGGGAAAGCAAGAUCCAAAAAUUCAUUGCGGUAGAGAACAUUAAAGAAAUCCGAACAGGCCAAGCUGCUCUUCAUCAUAUCACGCAGUUACAGUGUACUCCUGUGGAAGAUUAUCUUCCUCGUUGGUUGACACUGAUAUACCUCGGACCAUCUCCGAGCAAAGCUCGUUCAAAACCCAACCUUUCCCCGCUUCCCUUGGGUUCUCCCAAAUCGAAUUAUUCCGUUCACACUUACAAGACCCUUCAUCUUGUAGCCUCCUCCCAUUUAGUCAUUCAACUUUGGGAGCGUACGUUGAGGUCAAUGGUGGCCUUGAGAGUUAGCUUAACCAGUGGACUCGGGUUCGGCGGAGGAAUGAACAGUGAUAGAAUCAUGGAAGAAACACGCCAAGCCCUUUGGGAGCGCAGUUUCUGGACAGCUGCUGGAGAGAACAUGCGCUCGAGGUUUGGGUCGAACGCUGACUGGAGUGUUGGUGAAGGCGAUGAGUCCUUAGAAUUAUCUGGCGCCCACGAAGGACAACGUCUGACCUUUAAUGAAAUGCGUGCUUUGUGCGAAAGGCUGAAUGUAAGGAUGUCAGAAAAGGAAGUGCGAAGGUUGUUCAAUAACGCGGAUACUUACCGACAAGGAUCUUUGGAUUUCGAAGGUUUUCGGCGUUUCGGAAAGCUCCUCAAGGCACGCCCAGAACUUGACAGGCUAUUCAAGAGUCUGGUUCAGAGUAACGUGGAAAUCGCCGAUGCUGUAGACGAUGGCUUCUUCCAUAGGCAAUCCUCACGUGGCAAGGAUUGCAGUAACAUGCCUUUCAACAUCUUUCGGAGUUUUAUGCGCGAGAAGCAAAAGUCUACGCUUUCCGAAGCUGAAUUAAAGGACAUCUUUGAUCGAUAUUCUGUCGAGGUAGCGGGCACUACUAUCGACGAUCAAGGUUCCCCGUAUCUGGCUUUUCCAUACACAAAUCACACUCUAGGUAUCUCGACUUCUUCGUUAGAGGCCCCUCCACCAUCAAUAUCUUCAUCUUCUCUCAAUGUUCGAGAAUGGGAAGCAGAUGUUUCAUAUAUUCCACCUUCUGCGCUGUUUGCCGCAUCUUCACCGCCCACGACAAGAGUGAUUACGCUGGAAACGUUUACUUCGUUUCUUCUCUCUUCCGAUAAUCCAGCUUGCUUAGAACCACGUACAAAUGACGAGGCUGGCCCUUCCACGCAUAAUCAUGGUUUCAGCCACCACCAUACACGACAUGUUACGACAUUCCAUCGUUUAUCAGAGACCUCCCACGACAUGACACGACCAUUAUCUGACUAUUAUAUCUCAUCUUCACAUAACACAUAUUUAAUUGGACAUCAGCUUUACGGAGAAAGUACGGUGGAAGGGUAUGUCAGGGCUUUCCUAGGUGGAUGCCGCUGUGUUGAGUUGGACAUAUUCGAUACUGACACCGGGCCCCAAAUCUUUCAUGGCAAAACGCUCACAUCCAAAGUCUCAUUGCGCGAAGUUUGUGAAGCCAUCAUGACUUAUGGCUUCGUUGCGUCCCAGUAUCCACUCAUAAUUUCUGCAGAGAUUCACUGCGGGCUCGUCGGCCAGGCUCAGCUGGUCGGUAUUAUGAAGGGCGUCUUUAAAGACAGACUUGUGAGACGAGACGAAAAUGGAGCUAUAGUCGGCAUGUCCGAAGCCACACAAUCAUUGGAUCGAACUAGCGAAGUAUUGCUCUCAGCGUCAACGAUUGAAAAACUUCCUAGUCCUGAAGAACUGAAGGGCAGAAUAUUGGUCAAGGCCAAGAAGUUGCAUUCCAUUGACUACAUCGAUUCGCCACCUCUUUCACAAACCUCGUCGACGUCUAGCCGUAAUACACUUCAACUUGGUCACCCAUUUGACGGUAUCACAUCGUCCCCUUCGGACACAGACGCGAUGUUUGAUUUGCAAAACCUCUCAAUGUCAAUGAGGCGCAGCUCUGAAGGUACAAAUAGAGAUAUGCUUCACAAAGUCAGAGGCCGUGGAAAGCCCGAUUCGAGUCCCCCUCCCUCUUCAUACUCACCUCGCCGGCCUAUCAAAAAAGCUCUCGCAUCUGGCCAUUCAUCAACCUCUUCGGUGGCAUCAUCAAAGACCAGAAUGAGAAUGUCGCCAGAUCUUCUCUCUCUUCUUGUCUAUACAGUCGGUGUAAAAUACCGUGGUAUCAACAAAAAAGAAGUCUAUAGAUCCGAAGAAAUGUUCAGCCUUUCAGAGAACAUGGCUAACAAAAUGCUCAAAGUCGGGAUGAUUGACUUGAUAAAGCAUACCCGCGGGCAUUUGGUCAGAAUAUAUCCUAAAGGUACACGAGUUCGUUCGACGAAUUAUCAACCGCAUCGCUACUGGAGUGCUGGCGCUCAGUUGGUGGCGAUCAAUUGGCAGACCGUUGACCUCGGUUACAUGAUCAAUCACGCUAUGUUCCAAAGGAAUGGCGGUUGCGGCUACUUGCUCAAACCUUUACCUUUGCGUAUGCCCCACAAGGGAUUACUAUCGAAACAGACCCAGCAUUACCUUGAACUGACUAUCGUAUCCGCUCAGCAUCUUCCUGCGCCUAAGGAUGCGUCCGGCAAAGACGUCUCUGAAUCAUCUCCUGUGAAUCCUUACGUCCAGGUCACAAUCCACGUACCCGACUGGCCGACGCCCCCCUCUGUGUCUGCCAAUUCUAUUGCAUCGGGAUUGGUAUCUGCGAAUGACGCUGUAUCUGCAGUGCUGAGCCAAGGGAGUGGACCGCCUAGUCCAGCUUCUGGUUAUUUCCCAACGAAUCCACGAUUUCCUCGCAGUACUUCAUACUGCACCAGCGUAGUGAAGAACAAUGGAUUCAAUCCAGUUUGGGAAGAAAAUAUGCGGAUCCCAUUUACUUGCGUUGGAGAUAUGAAGGAUCUCAUUUAUGUCAACUUCGCUGUGCGACAUACCGAGCGGGAGGAUGUGGAGCCAUUGGCCCAAUUUUUUGCCAGUUUAGGGUGCCUCCAACAUGGUUACAGACAUUUACCACUUCAUGACUCUCAAAUGUCCCAAUAUCUAUUUUCCACUCUUUUUGUCCGCAUUGACAUCUCAUGACAUGAAUUAUAAUCUUGUACGAUAUCAGAUUUCAAGACGUAACGUGUAAAAUAUUAUGAAAUGCCUCUUCCGCUUCGUCCUUGUCGUUCAGAGCUGGUUCGGACACAAAAUCAAGUGCGAAUCUGAUCUUUGUGUUAGACCUUGCUACGUGCGCUGUUUAACAAAGCUUGCGCGACAACAGAGUGAAUAUCUGUACAUCGACCAUCACAUGCGU